UCUUCCGCUCCGGUCGCCCCUGUCCCCUGAUGCCGCCCGACUGAUAGCUCUUGAUAAACAAAUUAACCGACAGCUGCAGGCGACUAAGGAUGUCCGGGGACUGCUUCUGAAGCACGAGGAGGAGGAUCUGGUGCAGGUGACGGCGCGGGCGCGGGAGCUGCUUCAAAAGUACAGUGUGCCGUACAAGACCCAGCCCUGCCAGGGGGAGGCGCAGGUCUGUGCGGAGUGCUUCAAGAAACACCCCAAGGAGGCGUGGCGGUGCGCUCAAGUGGCUGAGGCUUACCGAGUCUGCUCCACCGCGGCCUUCAGCGGGCGGUCACAUGCAACAGCAGCAGCGACACAGGCCGCGGCGGCUCGAGGCUGA